AUGGUGAGGACUCCUUGCUGUGAGAAGAUGGGCUUGAAGAAGGGACCUUGGACACCAGAAGAAGAUCAGAUAUUGAUUUCUCAUAUUCAACUAUAUGGCCAUGGAAACUGGCGGGCCCUUCCAAAACAAGCUGGUUUGUUAAGGUGUGGUAAGAGUUGUAGACUUCGCUGGAUAAAUUACUUGAGACCGGAUAUUAAACGUGGGAAAUUCAGCAAGGAAGAAGAAGAGAUCAUCCUCAAACUGCACGGAAUUCUCGGAAAUAGAUGGUCUUCUAUUGCGGCAAAAUUACCAGGACGAACAGACAACGAAAUUAAGAAUUUUUGGCACACCCAUUUGAAGAAGAGGCUCGAGAGAAGUGAAGUGCACAGUAUGAUGAAUGCCUCUUCUAAUCCCUUGCAAGAGGCCCAAGCAGCUUCUAGUUCGGGGACUUUAAUAAAUAUGGCACGAGUAGGGGUGGAUGGUGCUACUACUUCUAGUGUCACUGGGAAAGUGUUGAUUGCCAAUGAUAGUUUACACUUGAGGAGAAAUCCAUCUAUUCGUCUAGGACUUUAUGGUGCCGUCUCUUCUGAUAUGUCAGGAGGAACAAUUGGCAAUAAUUCUCCCAGUGAGUUUGGUGAAGAGAUGGAAUUUUGGUAUAACAUGUUCAUGAGCAGUCAUCACAAGGGCAUGGAAAUGUAA